AUGGAAUGGAAUUAUGAAGUUAAACCUAAUCAGGCCACGGUUCAAGAAGCAGAAGGAAGGCAAGGAAAGGCUUCUUCAGCGGUCCCUGCCACUCUUCCUUCCUUGCUCGCUCGCUAUCACUUCGGGCGCUUUCUCUCUCUCUCUGCCUUCCCUUCCCUUCCCUUCCUCCCUUCACUCCCCACCUUCUGGGGUCUUCAUUUCUCUUCGGCUUUGGCCCCCCUGGAAACUGCCACCCUGAAGUUUCUGGUGGUGCUGCUGGGCGCAGGGAUGCUCGCUUUCCUUGGUGCAAUCAUUUGCAUCAUCGCGAGCGUCUACCCUGCGGCCAGCCAUGCCGGAGCCCUCCAAGGGGCUGAUAACGGCUCCAACGCCGCGGCCUCUGCCCUCUUGCCCGCCUCCGGUGCCGACAAGACGCUGGGCGCCCUGCACGGGGCUGGCGAGAGCAGCUACGGGGGCUUCUCCACAGGCUCCCAGGACUCCGUGCUAGACCUCCUGGCCAGCGCCCGGCCUCAGCAGCACCAGCAACUCUUCAGCCGCUUCCUAUGCACCCCGCUGACCGUCGAGUGCCCCGCGGAAGGGAGCCCGCAAGGGGACAGUCCCGCGGCGGCGGCGGCGGCGGCGAGCGAGGAGCUGUUCUUCCUCCAAAGCACCGCCGAGCAGCUCAGGCAGACGGCGCAGCAGCAGAAGGAGCAGAUCCGCACCGACCAGGAGACCAUCCGGGAGCUGACCACCAAGCUGAGCCGAUGCGAGAAUGGGCUGGAGCUCAGUUUCCAGGAUAGCCCCUCCGUCUGGGGGGUCCCCAGGCAAGACGCCAUGCCCAUGGAUGACCUCUCGUGGGAUUCGCCGGCUAUGAUCCAGGAGCUGGAGGAAGCCGUGAGGUCGCUGAAAGACAGGAUUGACAAGAUCGAGCAGGAUGUUCCCACUCGAACAAAUGGUUCUUCUACUUCUGCCCCUGUGCCAGCCCAAGAGCCCAUCCACACUAAGAUGGAGGAACUGGAAGGACAAAUCCUCUCUAAGCUUUUGGCCCUGGAGAAAGAACGCACCUCCAUCACCAGCAGCCACAACCAACAGCAACAAAACGUUGAAAAGGAGCUGGAUGCUCUCCAUAACCGUGUCGUUGAGCUUGAGCAUGAAACAACUGUCUUCAACCCUGCAGAAACCUUCAAAGUCUCCAUCCCUGUACGAAACAACUACAUGUAUGCUCGGAUGAAGAAAAGCUUGCCUGAACUAUAUGCCUUCACCAUCAGCAUGUGGCUAAAAGCUAAGAAUUCAGCAGAAGUGGGCACCCCUUUCUCCUACUCCGCUCCUGGACAAGCCAAUGAGCUUGUACUGAUAGUAUGGGGAAACAAUCCUAUGGAGCUUAUAAUUAAUGACAAGGUGGCUCAUCUGCCCAUGACUUUAAAGGAUGGGAAAUGGCACCAUAUUUGCAUUACAUGGAUCACCCGGGAUGGCAUAUGGUCCGCGUAUCAAGAUGGAGUGGAGCGUGGCGCCCGUGACAACCUAGCAUCUUGGCAUUCAAUCAAACCUCAUGGGGUGAUAAUCUUGGGCCAGGAACAGGAUACGCUGGGAGGGAGAUUUGAUGCGACUCAGGCCUUUGUUGGGGAAAUUUCUCAGUUCAACAUGUGGGAUCGUGUCCUGACGCCAGCAGAGAUCGUAGGUCUGGCCAACUGCACCAGCCAGCUGCAAGGCAACGUAGCCCAGUGGGAUGAGAAGUUGGUUGAAGUCCAUGGAGGGGCAGCCAAAUUAAGUUUUGAGAUCUGCGAGGCAAAAAUGAAGGCAUGAAGGUCUUUCGUUCCUGCCACAAGAAAGGAGCAUACAAGCCCAAUUUCCUUCUUUCAAUCUGCUUUGGGAAAGAAGGAACAACAGUUCCUUUCUCCCAUCCAGCAACUUCUUACAUUCGGCCUGGAGAGGGGGAAGUUGUGCUUGUGUGCGUGCGUGAGUGUGUGUGUGUGUUUGAGAAAGAGAGCAUGUGUAUGCAAGGAAGCCUUCUAAACUUAAAAAUGAAAUUAAGACACUAUUUUUCAUUGUUUAAGUAAAAUAUUUUUAAAUUCAUUCUGUGAGUGACUAGACAUUCCACUAAGAAAGCUAAAGUAGUUGGAAAGUAGCCAAUCUCUGAAGAGCAGUAUGAGGAAGGAUAAAAACUGUAUCAUUGAGUAGGAAAUUGUUGGCAGAACUAACAUCUCCAACAUUUCCAGUCUGUCCCAUUGCUGAUAGUUUCAGUGAUGAAACUUGAACUCUGUUGAUUGGGAUUGUAAAAGCAUUAAAGCACUCUUGUUGACAUUUGCCCACUAUAAGCCAUUGACCAUCUAGAAUACACAACCCAAUAUUCUUCUAGUAUCUGCAUGUCCUCACCAGGAUGUUCAGCUGUUUUAUCUUUCUUCUAGCUUUAGUUCGUAGUCUUCCUUGUAAAGCGUCACUAAGCAAAAAGUGCCAGCAGUUUCCUUAACUUCACAAAGGCCUAUGUUUGAUGUUCAAUUUUUUUUUUAACACCAGAGGCAUCAUUUCCCUAAUCGGUUACUUGAAUUCCUGUGUUGCCCUGCCAAUCUUUUUUUUGUUUCUCUAGAUUAUAUAUUUUCAAACUCUUUUUUAAACCUUUCUUAUAAGCCAUAAUGACAGAUUUUAAGAAGGACAAGUUCUAAGUGGUAGGCAUGGAAUAGGAGCAGUCUUGGUCAAGCCUUUUUUCUACCCCAGUUUUCCCUUUCAUUGUUGCCUUUCCCUCCUAAGGGCUGACUCUCACAAGCUUGGCUCAUUUUGUUGAUCAUCAUCAGUGACUUGCAGCUGAUUGUGUGUGAAUCGUGUUCAUUAAAAAGCAUUGUGUCUGAAG